CCCGGAUUAGAGUGUUCAAAUUUACCAAAAGUACAAAUAAAAGUGUGGGAAUGUGUGGAAGAAAAUGGUUUUAUAUUUGUUUGGCACCACUCGGAGGGAGAGGAAGCCAAUUGGUUUCCCAUUCAGAUCCCAGAAAUACGUCAAUCAAAACUGGUCUAUAGGGGAAGAGCCGAGCAUAUCGUCAAAUGUCAUCUCCAGGAAAUCCCAGAAAACGGGGCAGACGUCCAGCAUUUGAAUGAAUUACAUGAGGGCCCGGAAUUCUUGGGAACAGUUGUCAAUCGGUCAAAGUUUUACAACUUUGUCAUCAAAUUCUUGCGCUACGACUGGAGGGCCAAUUGGCAGCCGUGUCCGGCGCCCGACCAACACAUCGCCCGUCUGGACCUGCGGUCGACGUACUCUCUCUUUGGCUAUCCAUUGAUGCCAUUCAGUUUGGAUGUCCUACAGAUAGGGCCGGCGAACGUCCAUUUGAAGCUCACCAUUCACUUCUUGGGCGAAAUGAAC